GCCUCGGGACCCCGACCUCGCCCCGCCGCGGCCCCGCGAUGAGCAGCGCCGACUCCUCCCUCGUGGCUGAGAUCAUUUAUUACAGCCAAGAGCAGUACUUUAACCAACUAGAGCAGGCCACCACCCGAGGCCUGGAGAAAUUCAACAGCGACCCUGCGCUGCUAUUCUUCAAGGCCUAUGGACUCCUCAGACAAGGACACUUUGGAGACGCCAUCAGUGACCUGGAGAAUAUUCAGAGCCAUCCAAACCUGUCCCUGUGCUCUGUCAUGGCGCUCCUGUAUGCCCACCGAAGCUACAACACCAGUGAUCGGGAGGCGAUUCAGGAGCUGGAGAGCAGCCUAAAGGAGCUACGCCAGAGCGCAGGCCACACCGCCUUCUACUACGCCAGUCUCUUCCUGUGGCUCAUAGGCCGCCAGGAGAAAGCCAGGGAAUACAUCGACCACAUGCUCAAGGCUUUUGGCCACAAUGACAGAGAGGACCUCGUCCUCAAAGGCUGGGUGGACCUCACCUCCGACAAGCCCCACAUCGUGAAGAAGUCCAUCAAGUACCUGGACCAAGGCACUCAAGACACCAAGGACGUGCUGGGGCUUAUGGGAAAGGCAACAUAUCUGAUGAUGCACCAGAACUUCUCAGGGGCCCUGGAGAUGGUCAACCAGAUCACUGUGGCAUCCGGGGGCUUCCUGCCGGCCCUGACCCUGAAGAUGCGGCUCUUCCUGGCUCGUCAUGACUGGGAACAGACCAUCGAGACCGCACACAGAAUCCUUGAGAAAGAUGAAAACAAUAUCGACGCCUGCCAGAUCCUAGCUGUGCACGAACUUGCAAGAGAAGGAAACACAAUCAUAGUAAGUUGUCGGGAUGUGCAGAAAUUCACCCUUAAGACACAGGCAACAGAAGCUGCCAAUUUUGUGGGGAAUCUGAUUAGGGCCUUGGAGACGAAAGAGCCUGGAAACCCAAGCCUCCACCUCAAGAAGAUUCUGGUGGUUAGCCGAUUGUGUGGGAGGCACCAGGAGGUGGUGCAGCUGGUGAGCAGCUUCCUGGAGCAGAUCUCCACGGCCAUGCCUUCCUGCGGCCUGGCGGCCACGGAGCUGGGCUACCUGUACCUCCUGCAGAACCAGCCGAAGGAGGCGCGGGCCUGGUACACCCAGGCCACGAAGCUGGAGGAGAACAGGAUGUCCGUCCUCACAGGGAACAUUUGGUGUCACAUCCUCCAAGGCCAGCUAGAGGAGGCCACGCAGCAGCUGGAGUUCCUCAAGGAGGUGCAGCAAUCUCUGGGGAAGUCUGAGGUGCUGGUGUUCCUCCAGGCGCUCCUGGCCUCGAAGAAACACCAAGGGGAGCAGGAGGCGCCCGCGCUGCUCAAGGAGGCCGUGGAGCUGCACUUCUCCGCCAUGCACUCGCUGCCCCUGGGCCCCGAGUACUUCGAGCGCCUGGACCCCAGCUUCCUGGUCUGCGUGGCCCGCCAGUUCCUGCGCUUCUGCCCCAAGCAGCCCCGGGCCCCGGGCCAGGUCUUGUCUCCGCUGCUGAAGCAAGUGGCCAUGAUCCUGAGUCCUGUGUUGAAGGCGGCACCGGCCAUGAUGGACCCCCUGUUUGUGAUGGCUGAGGUCAAAUUUCUCUCAGGAGACCUGGAGAACGCUCAGCACACCCUGCAGCGUUGCCUGGACCUGGAUCCCACCUUGGCGGAGACGCACCUCCUCAUGGCGCAGAUCUACCUGGCCCAGGACAACUUCACCAUGUGCGCCCACUGCCUGGAGCUGGGUGUCAGCCACAACUUCCAGGUUCGAAACUACCCCCUGUACCACUUCAUCAAGGCCAGGGCCCUCAACAAAUCCGGUGACCACCCCGAAGCCAUCAAGACCCUGAAGAUGAUCAUGAAAAUGCCAGUCAUGAAGGGGGAAGAGGGGGGCAGGAGACCCCGGACGCCAUCUUUGCAGCCCAGCGAGAGGGCGUCCGUCUUGUUGGAGUUGGUAGACGCCCUGCGGUUGAAUGGCGAGCUGCACGAGGCCACGAAAGUCAUGCAGGACGCCAUUCACCAGUUCAGCGGCACACCCGAGGAGAGCCGCGUCACCAUCGCCAACGUGGACCUGGCCCUGAGCAAGGGCAGCGUGGACGUGGCCCUUGACAUGCUCAGGCGCGUGGCCCCCGCCCAGCCCGGCUACAUCCAGGCCAAGGAGAAGAUGGCCGCCAUCUACCUGCGUGCCCACAAGGAUGCCCGCCUCUACAUCGGCUGCUACCGAGAGCUCUGUGAGCACCUGCCCGGCCCGCACACCAGCCUGCUGCUGGGGGACGCCUACAUGAACAUCCAGGAGCCGGAGAAGGCCCUGGAGGUGUAUGAGGAGGCUUACAAGAAGAACCCCCAUGAUGCCUCACUGGUCAGCAGGAUUGGACAGGCUUACGUGAAGACGCACCAGUACAGCAAGGCGAUUAAUUAUUACGAGGCUGCCCAGAAGAUCAGUGGGCAGGACUUUCUGUGCUGUGACCUGGCAGAGCUGCUUCUGAAAUUAAAGAAGUUCAACAAAGCCGAGAAGGUUCUGAAGCAGGCGCUGGAUCGCGAUUCUGCCAAAGACAUCGCCUCCCUGAUGAACCAGGUGAAGUGCUUGCUGCUACUGGCGAAGGUGUACAAGAGCCACAGAAAGGAGGAAGUGGUGGAGACUUUGAACAAGGCCUUAGAUCUGCAGCUGAGAAUUCUGAAGCGGGUUCCCAUGGAGCAGCCGGAAGCCAUCCCUCCCCAGAAGCAGCUGGCCUCGUCCAUCUGUGUCCAGUGUGCUGAGUACUACGCCGCAGAGAAGGACUACGCAAAAGCCGUGCGCUCGUACAAGGAUGCCCUCUCCUACGCGCCCACCAAUAAUAAGGUGGUGUUGGAGCUGGCGCGGCUCCAUCUGCUCCAGGGACAUCUGGAUCUGUGCGAGGACCAGUGCGCCAUGCUGCUGCAGACCUGCCAGGAGGACGCCUCCACCUCUGUGAUAUUGGCUGACCUGAUGUUUCAGAAACAGAACUACGAAGCAGCCAUUAGUCACUACCGGCAAGUCCUGGAGAAAGUUCCAGACAACUUUCUGGUAUUGAACAAAUUGAUCGAUCUCCUGCGCCGCAGUGGACGGCUGGAGGAGGCCCCCACGUUCUUCGAACUGGCUAAGAAAGCAUCCGGCAGGGUGCUGUCGGAGCCAGGGUUCAACUACUGCAGGGGCAUCUAUUACUGGCACAUCGGACAGCCCAACGAGGCCUUGAAGUUCCUGAAUAAGGCCCGGAAAGACAGCACGUGGGGCCAGAUGGCCACGUACAACAUGGUGCAGAUCUGCCUGAACCCCGAUAACGAGAUUGUGGGAGGAGAGGCCUUUGAAAACCCGGGGGCCGAGAACAACUCUUGGGGCAGGACAGAAUCCCGUCAGCACGGGGUCCGCACGGCCGAGAAGCUCCUACAGGAAUUCUCCUGGCCCUUGGACCCAGCUCCGGCCCAGCUCCAGCUCCUGCAGAGCCUCUGCCUGCUGGCUACCAGGGAGAAAACCAACAUGGAGCUGGCUCUGGGCGUCUUUGUCAACAUGGUGCAGGCCGAGAAGGACAAUGUGGCCGGGCUGUUGGCCAUGGCGCAGGCGUACACGCUGCUCAAGCAGAUCCCCAAGGCCCGCACCCAGCUCAAGCGCCUGGCCAAGGCCCCCUGGGCGCUGCCCGAGGCCGACGAGCUGGAGCAGGGUUGGCUGCUCCUGGCCGACCUCUACUGCCAGAGUGGGAAGUUCGACUUGGCCUCUGAGUUGCUAAGACGCUGUCUGCAGUACAACAAGUCCUGCUCCAAGGCCUAUGAGUAUAUGGGCUUCAUCAUGGAGAAAGAGCAGUCCUACAAGGACGCGGCCACCAACUACGAACUUGCCUGGAAAUACAGCCACCAUGCCAACCCAGCUGUCGGUUUCAAGCUGGCUUUCAACUACUUGAAGGACAAGAAGUUCGUGGAAGCCAUUGAGAUCUGUCACUGCGUCCUCCGGGAACACCCCAAUUACCCCAAGAUCAGAGAGGAGAUUCUGGAAAAAGCCCAAGGAUCUCUCAGGCCCUAG